UCUCCGCACACAGUUUGCUCCAUUUGAUUAUGAAAGAAGAAAUGACAAAAUGUUGACUACUAUGAUGAAUCUAUCUCAUACAGAAGGUUUUAAGUUCAGUGCCUUUGCCCAACUUCCCUGAGUACAGUGAUUUUGGCAACAGUUCUCUUGGCUCAUUAAGCCAUCUAUUGCAUAUAGAUGGUAGGAAAAAAAGUCCUGGGGAGCCCUCCACUGGUAAGAUGGCACCUUCAUCCUCUAGACAAUAAGAAGAGACAGUCUUUCGAAGACUUGACAGCAUUUAGCUGAGGCACUUGCAGAGAUUGACCACAUCACAGUUACACAGGCAUGUUUCUUGCUUCACGAAACUUCUGUUGCUGUGGCAUUAAGCUAAGAACAGAUUUGCUUUCCAAAUCCAUCAAACAUUCCACCUCUGCAACAAUGCCCUUCAGACACAAAAAUACAAAACGAAUUGAAGGCCUUGAUAGCAAUGUGUGGGUUGAAUUUACAAAAGUGGCAGCAGAUCCCUCAAUUGUUAAUCUGGGUCAAGGCCUUCCUGAUAUAUCCCCUCCCAGCUAUGUUAAAGAAGAGCUGGCAAAGGUAGCAGCAGUUGACAGACUGAACCAGUACACCCGAGGCUUUGGACAUCCAUCACUGGUGAAAGCCUUGUCUCAAGUCUAUGAGAAAGUUUGUGGAAGAAAGAUUGAUCCUCUCACAGAUAUCCUGGUGACUGUGGGAGCUUAUGGAUCUCUCUUUAGUACAAUACAGGCACUUAUUGAAGAGGGAGAUGAAGUAAUAAUAAUAGAGCCAUUUUAUGACUGUUAUGAGCCAAUGGUAAAGAUGGCGGGUGCAAAGCCUGUUUUUAUCCCACUAAGAUGUAAAAAUGAUGGAAACUCUGCAUCUAGUGCUGAUUGGGUCUUAGAUCCUGCUGAACUUGCAAAUAAAUUUAAUUCCAAAACAAAAGCAAUUAUUCUGAAUACCCCACAUAACCCAAUAGGCAAGGUUUUUACCCUAGAAGAGCUCCAAGUAAUAGCUGAUCUCUGUAUUAAACAUGACACCCUGUGCAUCAGCGAUGAGGUGUAUGAAUGGCUGGUGUAUAAAGGGAAUAAACACAUUAAAAUAGCUACGUUGCCAGGUAUGUGGGAAAGAACAGUAACUAUAGGAAGUGCUGGGAAAACAUACAGUGUAACUGGCUGGAAGCUUGGUUGGUCCAUUGGUCCUGAGUACCUGAUUAAGCAUUUGCAAGUUGUUCACCAAAAUACACUAUAUACUUGCCCAACUCCAUUACAGGAGGCUUUGGCACAAGCAUUUUGGAUGGACUACAAGCGCAUGGAUGACCCAGACUGCUAUUUUUACUCCCUGUCUCGAGAGCUGGAGAGCAAGCGUGAUCGGAUGGCUCAGCUACUGAAAGAGGCUGGACUAAAGCCUGUCAUUCCAGAUGGAGGAUACUUUAUGAUUGUUGAUGUUUCCACAUUAAAUGUGGAUCUCUCUGAUGUAGAUGAGAAACAACCUUAUGAUUAUAAAUUUGUCAAGUGGAUGAUAGCAUCUAAGAAGCUGUCAGCAAUUCCUCUUUCAGCAUUCUGUGGUCUUGAGACAAAGAAACAGUUUGAAAAAUACAUACGUUUUUGCUUCAUUAAGAAAGACAGCACACUAGAUGCAGCUGAAGUGAUCCUGAAGAACUGGAAUAAACAGACAGGCUGAUUUUUCUUAUUAACUCUUCCAUAUAGUAUAACUAUCUAAUAGUAGGGUUUUUUAAAUUGGAAAUUUAAGAAAAAAUAACUUCAUACAGUACAGAAUUAAUAUGACAUUGUAAGUAACUUUUUACUGAUACCUGCUGUGGAGUUAAAGCAAUGAUUUACUGAAAUAUGUGUAAUGCAACUCAGAGGUUAUUUUCAGACUUUUUAAAAUAAAUUGCUUUUCUCUUAAAGAAA